AAUCAUUACAACCUGACCCUCUUACGAGAGUGACUUUACAAGAUAAGAAAUAUUCUUUGAGGCAUUGAAAGGAUUGCAAAAAGGAGGAAACCUUGCAGAAACAUGAAGCCGUCAACCAUCUGGAACUGAGAAACUCACUCGAGGCUGACUGCGGCUUCUAGAACGUCCAGGUGUUCUGCAGAUGGGAGAAUCGAUCCUGUACUCACCAGCUGGAGUCCCGAACACAGACGCACGGCUCCGGCGCCAGCGCUGACAUCCCCGAGUCCAGACGGGUCCUUUGCUAAGUGGCCAAAGAGCCGUUGUUGACACUGAGGGCUGACGGUCGCGCACACAGCCGGUCCCUCCCUCGGAGCUGCAGGGGGACAAACCACAUUCAGGGUUGCAAGUUUCCUGACUCUCUUGAAUGAGGAUUCCAAGUGGGGACUCAUUUCUGUAAGCUCACCACCCUUCUAGGGACCACCCCGAGCAGGACCACCACCACCGGUAUCUUCUUGCCAACUCUCUGCCCUGAACGGGAGCAGGAGGAAGCUCUCAGAAAAAUCUCUAGUUGUGGCCCACGGUCACUCCAGACAACUCUUACCCUCCCGUCACCCCACCAUGGGCUGGCUUUUUCUAAAGGUUCUGCUUGUGGGGGUGACUUUCUUGGGAGGCCUGUAUCCGUUUGUGGAUUUUUCCUACAACGGGGACACAAGAGGCCAGAAGCCGAAUUUCGUGAUCAUUUUGGCAGAUGACAUGGGGUGGGGGGACCUGGGGGCGAACUGGGCAGAAACAAAGGACACUGUCCACCUGGAUCAGAUGGCUGCUGAAGGAAUGAGGUUUGUGGAUUUCCACGCAGCUGCCUCCACCUGCUCACCCUCUCGUGCCUCCCUGCUCACCGGCCGGCUUGGCCUCCGCAACGGAGUCACGCACAACUUUGCGGUCACCUCUGUGGGGGGUCUGCCGCUCAACGAGACCACCUUGGCGGAGGUGCUGCAGCAAGUUGGCUACGUCACUGGAAUGAUAGGCAAAUGGCACCUCGGACACCAUGGCUCUUAUCACCCCAACUUCCGUGGUUUUGAUUACUACUUUGGAAUCCCAUACAGCCAUGAUAUGGGCUGCACGGACACCCCGGGCUAUAACCACCCUCCUUGUCCAGCGUGUCCACGGGACGAUAGACCAGCAAGGAACCUUGAGAGGGACUGUUACACCGAUGUGGCCCUUCCUCUCUAUGAAAACCUCAACAUCGUGGAGCAGCCCGUGAACCUGAGCAGCCUGGCACAAAAGUAUGCCGAGAAAGCUACCCAGUUCAUCCAGCAUGCAAGUGCCAGCGGAAGGCCCUUCCUGCUGUACCUGGGCCUGUCCCAUAUGCACGUGCCCUUAUCCAGAACGCACCUCUCAGCAGACUCACAGGGCCAGAGGCCAUACGGCGCCAGUCUCCGGGAGAUGGACAGCCUGGUGGGCCAGAUCAAGGACAAAGUUGACCACACAGCGAAAGAAAACACAUUCCUCUGGUUUACAGGAGACAACGGCCCGUGGGCGCAGAAGUGUGAGCUGGCAGGUAGCAUGGGUCCCUUCACUGGAUCGUGGCAAGUUCAUCAAGGGGGAAGUCCAGCCAAGCAGACCACCUGGGAAGGAGGACACCGGGUCCCCGCUCUGGCUUACUGGCCUGGCACAGUCCCCGCCAAUGUUACCAGCACCGCCUUGUUAAGUGUGCUGGACAUCUUCCCCACCGUGGUAGCUCUGGCCGGGGCCAGCCUGCCCAAGGACCGGCACUUUGAUGGUUUGGAUGCCUCCCAGGUGCUCUUUGGCUGGUUGCAGACUGGGCACAGGGUACUUUUCCAUCCCAACAGUGGGGCGGCUGGAGAGUAUGGAGCCCUUCAGACAGUCCGCCUGGGGCGCUACAAGGCCUUCUACAUCAGCGGCGGAGCCAGAGCCUGUGAUGGGGCCGUGGGGCCCGCGCAGCAUCACGAGCCGCCUCUGAUCUUUAACCUGGAAGACGAUGCUGGGGAAGCUGUGCCUCUAGACAGAGACGGUGCCGAAUACCAGGGCGUACUGCCCAUGGUCAGGGAGGUCCUCGCGGAUGUCCUCCUAGACAUUGCUGGUGACAACACCUCCAGAGCAGAUUAUACUCAUGAUCCUUCUGUGACCCCCUGCUGCAGUCCCCACCACAUCGCCUGCCGUUGCCAGAGUCCCAGAGCACCCGCCAGACCGAUUUCCCCCCAGGCAGAAGGUGUUAGGAAGCAAGGGCAAGUCCCAGCUCCAGCUCCAGAUGCUGUAAAACUAAGUCUCUGAAUAUUGUCCUGAAGCCACUGUGUUGUGCCCCCGGCAGCCCCUCCCGCGUGUGGUGGUCGAGCCAAGAGCAUUCGGACUUUGGAGCUAGAUCUGGGUCAAGCCCCGGCUGUGAUUCUCUGAAUCUGAGGAUGAAAGAAGGCGAUUUAGGAAAAUGCUGGCCACGUGCCCUGACACAGCACUUACUGUAUUUCAGUUUCCUUUCUCUGCACCCAGUUUGGCUGGUCGCUUUAGUAUAGGUUCAUCCCAGCUGGGAUGGAGGACACUGCUUCUCCAUCUUUAAUAUGCAUCCCUGUUAGCUGGGAGCUUGCAGAAGUGCAGACUCUGAUCUGUGGGUCUGGGGGUGGGGCCCAAGAGGCUCCAUUUCUGGGCGGCUGCUGGGGGAGACCUGAGUAGCCCCGACGCAGACUAGGACCGAGUUAGAGGUUUCCGGGUCUCAGCGCAGAAGAACCCACAGAAUCCAUGGCUCCGCUCGCCUCCCUCCUCCCGCUUUUAAAGAUCGGAGGACUGUAUUCUAAAGAUUUUAGGCAUCCUUCCUGCUUCCUAAAACCAGGAAGAAAUAAAGGUUGAAGACCUCAAAAA